AUGUCUAAAACGUGUGAUGGUUUACACAAUGAUUGUGGAAAUGGUGACAUCAGUGACGAAGAACAUUGUGUUACUACAACCACACCAACUACAACUACUACCACGCCCACAACAACAACUACCACGCCUACAACAACAACUACCACGCCUACAACAACAACUACCACACCUACAACAACUACUACCACGCCUACAACAACAACUACCACGAAACCACCUCUUGUCACUUGUGGUGUACCUGUUCAUCCUGCUGUAAUCGACAGAAGUCUUGUUUCGCGUAUUGUAAAUGGAACAGAAGCUGUAGAACACAGUUGGCCAUGGCAAAUACAGUUACGACUUUCUGGCGAACACAAAUGUGGAGCUUCUAUAAUUAAUGAAAAUUGGGUUGUAACAGCUUCUCAUUGUUUCUUUUUCGAUGAAGACAUUACGCACUGGAAAGCAUAUGCUGGGAAACACAACAAAGAUGGUAACGAUCCAACUCAAGAAGCACGAAAUAUUACAAAACGAAUUCGAUAUGAAAUUACUGGUAAUAAUCCUUUAGAUGGCGAUAUAUCUCUACUGAAACUGGACAGCCCACUAAGAUUCACUGAGGCAGUCAUGCCAGUAUGUCUUCCAUCAAGAGAAACACGAGUCAGUGAUAGUUGCUGUGUAACAGGAUGGGGGGAUGUGCAAGGGACAGGAUUUGCAGACAAAUUAAAACAGACAGAAAUGCCAUUUGUUGACAAAGAAAAUUGUUCAAAAGUUGCGGCAUUAAAGGACCAUUUGACGAACAAUAUGAUAUGCGCAGGAUUCCCCGAGGGUGGUAGAGAUGCAUGUCAGGGCGAUAGUGGAGGUCCCUUUGUUUGUCAGAUUGGAAAUCACUGGGAGUUACACGGAAUAGUAUCAUGGGGCCUUGGAUGUGCUGAAGCGAACAUGCCUGGAGUUUACACAAAUGUUUACACGUUUAAUAAGUGGAUACAAGAUCAAAUUGAUGCAGAUAAAAAAAGCACAUGAGAACAAUCUGAUUUGUUUAAUUUGAAACAAUCUGGACAAUGAAGUAUUGUCAAAUUUAUUCAUA